AUGACGAGGCAACCCGGCCUAGUAAAGAGAUUAUGGUGGAACUGGAAGAUGCUGCCGCUGCCCUGGCGGCGGCGGAAACUGGCCGGAUUUGACCUCGAAGGCAACACCUACUGGGAGUGGAAGAUUGUGAAGCAUGCAGCACGCACUCGCCGAAUAGUCGAAUACCCGGGAGGCGUAUACCAUAGCGACGUUCAGGUACCUCCGCAGUGGGCACAAUGGCUCCGCCAGACCCGCUUCGAAGCGCCUACAAUGGCUGAACAGCAGGCUGAAGCCUUGCGACAGGAACGCAUAAAGAUGCUGGCGGCACAAGCAGAUGCACGGUGGGCGGCGAAACCUUCUGCUGUCGAUGCGCCCGACAAGCAGCAACCAGUGCAGAUGCUGGAAUCGAGAGACCCCAACACGGGCAUCCGACAGACGAACGCCGAUCAGGAGAUAAGGGGUAGAGUAGACCCACAGCCGGCAGUGACUGAAGAGGAUAUUGAAGCAGAAGCCCGGCAAACCGAUGCAGCCCCGACAUUGAAGAAGAGGAAGCCAAUGCGAAAAGAGCCCAAAGACUCUCCUUGGAAGCAGGCGGCGGCAAAAGGCAAUCCCGGCGAGGAGUGGCAGCCUGCGUCUUGGUCGCCAGCCCCCGCAAGAAGAAGAUCGUGA